GAACUUGAAAUCUAAGGUAUCAGUUGUCUAUAAAUGGACAGACAGCAGGACAGAGCUCUCCUUUGCUUUUAGUUAGUUUUUAGCUUCCUGAGGCAGAGAAGUUCCCUGGACUGUGUUUUUUCUUUUUCUUUGGAGCUCUUUAAACCUGCUCUGGACUGAACACCCAGAACACCACUGGCAGCUCGCACCUGUGGUCCACCGGGCCGGUUCUGGGCCACAGCAUUUCCAGUGCCAGAGGGACUGAAAAGAGACUGAUAAGAGACUGAUCAGAGACUGAGUGAGCCGAGUUACAGCCCACGGAGGGACUUUCUGAGUUUGUCAUCUCUUUUGGAGUGGCAGAGGAUUUCCCAUUCCCAAACCUUGGCUGAAUGAAGGAGGAGAAGGCUAUGAGGAAGAGGAAGAUGCCCCAGGACACCCAGGCAGGGAAGGAACUGAGGAUGGAGACCAGGGAGGACCAAUGCCCGGGGCAGAACCUCAUGGAAGAGCCCAUUUUGGGCAGCUUCGCAGUGCAGGAAUCCAAUGGGGAGGAAAAGCCCCAGAGGUCCCAGAGGAGAAGGGACACCAAUCCCAGCCCAGGUUGCUCUGAGGGGGAAAUACCAGUCCUGGGCCAGGAAGGUGGACAGAGCUUCAGCCAGAGCUCAGAGCUGGUGGCCCAUGAGCAGCUUCAUGAGAGCAAGAGGCCCUUUGAGUGCUUGGAGUGUGGGAAGAGCUUCAGGAAGAGAUUCAACCUGAUCUGCCACCGGAGGAUCCACACUGGGGAACGGCCCUAUGAGUGCUUGGAAUGUGGGAUGAGCUUCAGCCACAGGUCUGACCUGGGUGUCCACCAGAGGUUCCACACCGGGGAGAGGCCCUACGAGUGCCCUGAGUGUCAGAAGAGGUUUCACACCAGGUCCCACCUCCUUGUACAUGAGCGGAUUCACACAGAGGAGAGGCCCUUCCGCUGCCCUGACUGCGGGAUGGGCUUCAAACACAACUCCACCCUCGUCACCCACCGGUGCAUCCACUCUGGGGAGAGGCCCUACGAGUGUCCCCAGUGUGGGAAGAGCUUCUCAGACCGCUCGUUCUUUACCCGACACCAACGGAGGCACUGGUAAGGGAAACCCUGCAAGAGCCCCGACUGCAGGAAGAGCUUCGUGUGCUGCUCCAACUCCAUCCCCAUCAGAGGUCCCACAUUAGUCAGAGCCCUGGUGAUCCACAUUCCCUUUGAUACGCAGUGGGAAGUGGUUGAUGUUCCUUUUUCUUUGCCUCUCAUUAUCUUUUGAUUUAUCUCUCUCCCUUCAAAACAUAGAAAAUUGGGGUAAAAGUCAACAAAUUCAA